AUGAGCAAAUUGUUGACGACCCCUCAUUCCAAGGAACCAGCAAUUAUAUUAAUUGGCGCGGGCAAAAGCACGUUGGCAAAUUUGAUUUUUGGAGGAGUAAGAAAGUUUGAAACAUCGGAUAGUUCGGAUUCUUGUACUCAGAUUUGUCAAAGUUCUCUAAUCCAGCUGGAUGAUAAAGAGUAUAAUUUUGUCGAUACUCCUGGUAUUUUUGAUACUCAGAAACCUGACGAUGACAUCAUGAAAGAAAUUUCUCAAUCUAUUGUCCAGUGCAGUAAUGGUAUCGUAGCGAUUUUAUACGUCAUUGUUUUAUGCAAAGCGUGGGGUAGAUAUACAUUAGAACAACAACUUACAACCGACAAAGUCAUUGAAUUCCUUGGUGAAGGAUCUUGCCGUCAUCUAAUUGUUGUUUUUACCAAGUGUAAAAAAGAACAAACUCAAGACCGAUAUAAAAUGGAAAAUGAUUACAGUGCCAAUAAAUACCUUAAAACGUUUUUGGAUAAAGUCGGCAACCGUUGGGUCAUCUCACCAAAUUUGGAUGUCUUUGACGAAGAUACUCAAAUUGUAAAAGAUCAAAUGGAUAACUUAAAGAAUUAUAUUAAACUAAUGCCAAGACCUUAUACCACAGAUAUGUUUGAAAAGGUUAGAAUCGCACGUGAGAAAAGACUAAAAGAGAUUGCACUAGAGAUAGAACGAAGCGAGGAAAAUCAACAAAGGAUAAUCGACGAAGAAAGAAAUGCUGGUACAAAUGCAGCCAAGGAUGCAGUUGAAGAGUCGGGUGGAGGAUGUUUUUCUCUGCGCUCCAAGGUUAUUCUUGUAGAUAGCAAACGAAUCGAGAUGACGCAAUUGAGCAUCGGUGAUACAGUUUGUUGUGGUGAAGAAAAUGGUAAAUUGAUUUUUAGCGAGGUAUAUGCAAUUGUUCAUGCCGAUGAUAAGACCAUAACUCAAUAUCAACGGAUCAAUUAUUUAAAGGCAGAUGGUACAGAAGGCAUUCUGCGUCUCACACCAAAACAUCACCUAUUCAAUUCCCAAGGAAAAACAAUUUUCGCUGAAGACGUCCAGGCUUCUGUAACCGAACUUUUACUUUUCGACGGCAAGAAACUUACUCCUGUGAUUCCACAUCGCAUUACAAAGGAAUGGGGACUUGGCUACAUUGCUCCGUUUACACAAAAUGGCAAGAUUGUUGUCGAUAAUAUACUUUGCUCUUGUUACGCUGUUGCUCCACCUUAUCAAGACAUUAUCAAUUUCGCAAUGAUUCCUUUUCGACUCUGCUCGUGGAUUAUGCCUAUUGCUGACUGUAAAAAAGAAAUUCAUCCCUAUCUUUAUUAUUUGAAACGCGGACAAUGGAUUCUUGAAAAAAUUGAUUAUUUUAACAUGAUUAUUAAAGGAAAAUCUUGA